AAAAGCAUGAAAACAUGAAAUAGAAAACUGCAGAAAACUAAAUUAUUUCAUGAAAUAUUUGAUGAUGUCAGAAGUUUUUUUUCAGGAGCUUUCAGCUGCCAAAAUAUUCCACAUUAUGUUUUUAAUUUAAUUUGCAUUCAUUCUGAUUAUUAUUAUACGUUGUACAAAUCUUGUAAGGUUUUCCUACAUGGUCCUCUUUUCUCCCACACGAUUGGAAGGCAGCAGAGUAUCUUUAACAGCUGAUUAUUUUAGACACAGAGGAAAAUAAAACAUCUAAAGUAAAGCAGAGCUCAGGUACACAGAUAUAAACGUUAACAUGUGAUAACCUGUCUGUGAAAACACUGAGCUGCAGAUCCUGUUAGGUUGUUCCGACGUCGUCCUCUUUUCUCCCACGCACCAUGAACGCAGCAGAGUAUCUUUAACGCGAGCUGAACUCCCGUCGUCGUCCUCUGCAUAUCCCACAAUCCCGUUCGUCGCGGCUUCAUCGCCUUUUUACUUUAGAGAUCAGCUGAGCUCGUGCAUCUCUGCAGUGGGCGCGCGGUGCCAGCGGCUCGGGAUCGGAGCGGCUCGGGUCUGCUCGGCGUCUCAGUGGACAUCAUCUGUAACCCCGCUCCGGAUCGACCGGGGGGGGGGGGGGGCGGGGAUGAAGAAUGUAACGCUUUUAUUCAGCCGUGUUUUUUUAUUUCUCUCCCUCCGUUCAUGACGCUUCGAUGUGUUUUUUAUCUCUCGGGAUCCGGUUCUUCAUUGGUCCCCCUCAGUGCGGAAUACACCUGGACCGGUCCGGGCUCUGGUGCUGAGGAGGAGAUCCCGGUUUAGUGUUUCUUCUUUCCUCCCGGGAGUGGACAGUAAUAUGUCCAGGCGGAAACAGACCAACCCCUUCAAAGUUAACUGGCCAUUCCACACUUCAGGCAUCACAGGACUUCAGCACACUAUUAACAUGGAUGGCAGGGACGAAUUCACCGAGGACAGUGAAUGCUGCAGCAACAACUCCCAGGAGGUCCAAGGGCAGGAUAGCAUCUCAGACAGCGAUAGCGACCCCGACAACCACGGCGAAGACUCGUCCUCCAACACCUCGGCCGACGACCACAUGACCACCAAGAGAACGCAGUGCCGCCUACAGAGAGCGGGAGUCAAAGAGAGCGAGGAAGGAGCAGACCACAUCAACACCUUCGUCUGUCCUCUGUGCACGCUGGACUUCAGCAGCCCUGAGAAACUCAUCUCCCAUGUCUACCAGCACACGACCAUGAUGAGCAACACCAAGAGCUAUGUGUGCCCGGUGUGUGGGCGAGCCCUGAGUUCGCCCGGCUCUCUUGGACGGCAUCUUCUCAUCCACUCGGAGGACCGCCUCUCCAACUGCGCUGUCUGCGGCGCACGCUUCACCGACACCAACAACUUCAACAGGGAGAAGCUGAAAGACGUCCUCGACACCACCAGGAUGGAGAUCAGCGGUGGACGGGACAGCUGCUCCCUGUCCCAGUCCCUCUCCAGCAGCCCCAUGGACAGCCCGGGCCCUGGGACCCACUCCUGCCAGGGACCGGGCCCCAGCCCCGGCUCGUGUCAGGGUCCUCGCCCGUGUCAGGCGCCUGAUCCUGGCCCCAACUUAUGUCAAGGUCAUCGCACCUGCCAGGGACCGGGCCACAUCUCCAGCCAGUGUCACGGCCCGGGAUCCGGACCCUGCUCUGGUCCGGGACCGUGCACCGGCUCUGACCAAGGACCCUCCUUCCCCUCUCUGCCCGACAGUCUCCUCUCCGAGGGGCCCUCACUCGCGUCCAUCCCCGAUGCCCUGAACUCCUCGUCCUCAGGCCUUCCUCCCAUCCCCGACAUCCUGAGCCCGAUGCCGGUCUACCCUGCCGGGGUGCUGCUGGUCUGUAACAGCUGCGUGGCCUACCAGCAGCUCGUGGAGGCCCAGUCUCCAAUGAGGAAGUGGGCCCUGCGCAGGAAGAACGAGCCGCUGGAGGCUCGCCUGCAGCGGCUGGAGCGCGAGCGCACGGCCAAGAAGAACAAGAGGGCAUGCGAGACGGAAGAGGAGCGGGAGCUAAGGAGGCUGAGGGACCGGGAGGCCAAACGCAUGCAGAGGAUGCAGGAGACGGAGGAGCAGAGGGCGCGCCGGCUGCAGAGGGACCGCGAGGCCAUGCGUCUGAAGAGGGCCAACGAGACGCCGGAGAAGAGGCAGGCCAGGCUGAUCCGCGAGAGGGAGGCCAAGAGGAUCAAACGGCGGCUGGAGAAGAUCGACCCGGCCCUGAGGACGCAGAUAGAGCAUGACCCCGCUGCCAUGGCCGCCCUCACCGCAGACAUGAGUCUCUUCCAGUUCCCCUGCCCCAUGCCGGUCCCCUCCAUCGAUAACGGUCUGUUCAUGAAGCUGCCCUGACUGGACCGGGACCAGAACCUGGCUCCUGAGCAGCUCCUCUGUGUCCAACAGCUUCACACACAAACUGCUUUGUUACACACAGAAAAACUGAAUCCGUUUCUAAUUUAUUCCAGUGUAGGAAACCUUGGGAACAGGGUGGAGAAUGUUUCAUAUUGUUCGGAUGACGACCUAAAGCAUGUUGUAAAGAGAUUUAUCUGUCCGCAGAUUUAACACAGUUCAUUCUCGUAGGAGCAGUUAUUCUUCCUUUGAGGGGAAAAAAAUCUUUUGCACAUGGACCUUCAGUGACGGGGUGGGGGGGGCUCUGUAGCCACAGCCCCCUCCUCUCCGGUCCACUCCGCCAGCCCAGUGACUCGGGGUCAGCGGUAGCUACACCUCUCUUUUCGAGCUGCCGCCGUGGGUCCCUGGGAAGAGUUCAUCUUCAGUCUACUACCUCAGCCGGCGCCGUGGUGGCGCCCUCUGUCCUGUGGCUUACUGCGUUCCAACUCCAAGCUUCCAAAGCUCCACACGUACCGUACACAACUACAGAGGACGCAGCUUGUUUCACAGUUUGUGUUUGCAUCCAUCACUGAGGCUCUGUGACAGGACGCAGACGCUCAGAGGAGCUUCUGAUGUUCCUCUGAAUGUUUGGUCCUGUUGAACAGGCCCGGUGCCGACCAACAUUCCCCCUCAUCUCCUGAGUUGUAUCUUAAUGCAUUCGCCUCUUUACAUUCUCUUUGCCAAUGUUUGAAUCUUUUCUUUAAGCUGUUACACUCCCAAUGUUUUGCCAAUGUUGUUGAAUUUGUUACUUUCUGUUCCAGAGCGUUUGUGUGGCUCAUAGAGACUCAGUCUGUGCUGCUGUUAUUGUACUGUACAAAUACAUUAGUUACCUCUGAUAUACUUUGGGCUCAUCACGUCGAGGAAUAUUGUGCUAAAAUGUUCCAGUGAGUGGUUUCAGAUACUGCCUGACCACACAGUCUGUCUCAUUACUUGAAUUCUGAUUCUGGGUAAAUUUCAACAUGACAGUAGGUUGUUGUUAUUAUUGUUAUUAUUAUUAUUAUUAUUAUUAUUCUUCAUACACAGAUGAUGCAACCUCUGCUUCAUGCAGUUUGUGUAGCGUUCACAUGCUUUGUAAGGAUGCAGUACCUUCAAAAUGUGUUACCACUUAAAGAUGCUGUAUGUGAGUUUUUUGCUAUCGCUAUGUAGCUAACGUUAGCAUUAGCAGCUGUUUACAGAGUGGACUUACUGUGGUAUUAUAAUGAGAGGGGAUGGGUGGGGCUAGCUGGUUAGCAUGCUAACUUCAUGGCUCUGAGUUAAAGAACAAAGGUUGUUACUGAACUCACAACAUUUCUGUUAAUGCUAACGUUAGCUAUGUAGCGAUAGCAGAAACUGACAUAUAGCACCUUACAAUGAUUUAUUUUGUUGUUGUCGUUGUUGUUUUCCUCCGUCAGCAGAAACAAGUUUAUUUAAUGAUCUGAUGGGGAAAUGAUUGAAACCAUGUUUUCUGUUUCCUUCAUCCGUUACUGAGCACUGAGGCUAAUUCCACGACACAAACAGCAGGAGAGAGAUUUAUUAAUCUACAUCCAUUAACCUCAUUCCAGCACAUAUUUAUGCAAUAUGAUGUGAAUAUAUUUUCUUGUGAAAAUGUUUGGGUUACUUUGUUUUCGUCAGUGGUAUAAAAUAGUUUUAAUGUUUAAAAUUAGAGGCCAUGUUUGGAUAUCCCUCGUUUAGUUUCCUGCCUGUAAGGUUACCUCCAGUUCUUCUCCAGAUGCAAACAUUCACAGUGUCAAAUGAGAAACUCCUCAGAGACGAGGACCAGUACUGAUUUUUGUUUGAGUCACUCCUAGACCACAGUCGAGCUGCCUGGCUGUUUGUUACAGCAAAUGUAACAAAGAAAAAAUAAUUCUAUUGGGAUUUUUGUUUGUUUCAUCCUCAGAGGCUUUUCUAGGAGUGCAUCAAACCUCUAUGCAACAGAUGUGUUAUUUAUUCCAAGGGAAAUUAAUUCACUUUUCACUGAAACUAUGCAGAAUGCAACUUUGAUUUAAACAGACUUCAAUGUAAAGAGUUUAGCUUCUCAGGCAACUUAACUCAGUGAGCGGGCUCCGAGCCUCGAUACAACACCCUGGUCCAUAAGAAUCAUCCACAGCUCUGUCAUAUGAAGUGACAGGGCCAGUCUGAGGCCGGUCUGUCCUCCCAGACCUGUUUCCUCUUCCUCGUUCAGCACAUGAAAGCUACAGGGUCUCACUGCCAUCCUGCGCUCUCCUCAGAGGCUUCAGGUGUCACUCCUCUCCUCUCUCAGACUAUGAAUACUGGGUAUUCUCAGAGGUCUCUCUCUGUCACAUCGCUGUGAUCCCCUUUGUCCUGCAGUGGAGACACGGGACAGAACACUGCAGCGUCUGUUCAGAGGAAGCACUACGAACUCUGAAGUCAUGUUGGUCUUUAUGAGCAGUACUUUGAGUAUGGAUUAGGUAAGCACUGCAUGUCGUGAAAACUGCACUUGUCUUAGAAUGGUUCGAUAUGAGCUUGUGUUCUACUGUUAGUUUCUGCCUGCCUGUUUUUUAAUCUACAGAAAAAUGUUGUUAGAGAAACGUCGGCCUUUCUAAUCCAUUCUAUCAGGAGUUCCUCUCAAUGUCCAUGUUUACAAAAGAAUCUCUGAACGAGGCCAAAUCAAUGAGCUAAACUGUUGAUGAGAACAUGAUAUCAAUGCAUUCUGAUUGGACGGUCCUGCAGGGGGCGCCGUCCUCUGUUACUGGAUUAACAGAUGUACAGACCGAGACGACACCUGGUGAAGAAUGUGGAAAUAAACUUUGACUUUACUACAA